AUGGCAGAGCAGCUCUUCCGUAAGGGGGUGUCCGCGGUGAUCAGCUGUGCGGGCUGCGAGGAGAGGAGGGCUGAUAUAAGGCUAACUGUUGAAACUUGUACAUCAUCAAGUCCUAUCCAUAAGAAGGAACUUACUGUGCGUAUUACAGAUGAUGCAGAUCCAUUAUUCUUGUAUUCUGUUGCUAUAGGAGAGGAAGAUUUUCAGAGUUUAAAGAGCCAACAAGGAUUGCUUGUAGAUUUUUCAGCUUUUUCCCAGAAAUUCAUUGAUUUGUUAGAACAAUGCAUUCUGGAACAAGGAAAACAAGUGCCUCGGUUUUUAAUUCAACUUGUAACAUCUUCCCCAGCAUUGGAUUGCAUGCCUGCAUGUUUAAAUGUAGUGGAAACCAAUCCAUUCAAACAUCUCACUCACUUGUCUCUAAAGCUUUUGGCAGGAAGUGACAGUGACGUCAAGAAAUAUCUUGCCAUCUGCAUUAAAAAUUUAAAGAUGGAAAACAGUAUGUUGGAAGAUAAACUACACAGAUCAGAAGAGGGACUUUCAAAAAGACUAACUGUAACACAGCAGGCUUUGGCAGAAAAAAGUAAGGAACUGGAUAAACUGCAAAAUGAAUGGACAUCACAGACCACUUCAUUGACUAACAGGUACUCCCAAGAAAUCACAGCAGAAAAGGAGAAAGUGCUACGGAUUCAAGCACAGUACCAGCUUCAGCAUGAACAGCAAAAGAAAGAGAUGGAAGCAACUUGCAACAGAAAAGUACAUCACUUAGAAACCAGGGUAUCUGAAUUUGAAACUGUUAAUAAGGAUCUCACAGAGAAAAAAUACAAGUCUGAAUCUUCUAUAAGGGAGCUGAAGUCCAAAUUUGCAGGACUUGAAGAGGAGUAUCAGAGGGCAAAACAAGAAGUUCUGUCCCUUCGAAGAGAAAAUUCAACUCUUGACACAGAGUGCCAUGAAAAGGAGAAACUCCUAAACCAGCUAAGAACACGCAUUGCAGUCCUAGAACAAGAAGUGAAGGAUAAAGAGCAAGUAGUAAUAAGAAGCACAGAUGUCUGUGAAAGUGCACAAGAACACAAGAAAAAGUUGGAAGAAUCUCUGGAGAUGAAACAGCUUCAAAUUGGAAAAUUUGAAACCGCUGUGAAGUCUAUUUCUGAGGAACUUCUGAAAGCUAAUGAAAUUAUCAAAAAGCUCCAGGGAGAGAUGAAGAAACUAAUGGAGAAGAUGAAGUUAAAAAAUGCAGUGACACUGCAACAAGAAAAAAUAUUAGGAGAAAAAGAGCAAACCCUUCAAAAGGAGAGAUUGGAGCUUAAUAAUGUGAAACAGGCCCUUCAACAAAAAGAGGAAGAGGUCUUUAAGUUGCAAGAGCAGCUGGACAUCACUGUUCAGAAAUUGGAAGAAAGCAAACAGCUGCUGAAAACUAAUGAGAAUGUAAUUUCCUGGCUAAAUAAACAACUGAAUGAGAAUAAAAUUGCAUCUAUGCAUGGGGCAUCAGGUCACAGUGAUAUGCCAUGUGCUGGAAGUGCCACCAAUUCAGCAGCCUUGCAGAAUGGCCUGGUACGCAUCAACUUAUCAGCAAAUUCCACCAGCACUCCGUUACAUGAGACAAGACCUUGUCCACCAACCUCCACUCCUUUAGUGCCCCCAAACUCAGGCCAUGUUGAGCCAACUGGUUUAGACAUGAAAUAUUUGAAGAAAGAUGGCAACUUGCCUUUGAGAGGUCUAAAACCUUUGUCUGUAGCAAGUACAGCGUUAUCAAGAACUAUGUUACCCAAGCAAGGAACUCCACCUGUAAUAUCUGCUUACUUCCCAGGGCAACAGACUAGACUUCCUGCAUCAUAA